AUGGAACAACCACAAACUCCUGUCAACGCCGGACAGCGCCUUCUCACGAACGUCGUUGAUGAAAUUGCCCAGUCCAAUCCCCAGAAGAGGCUCGGUGUUAUUCCCAGUGCUCUCGAGGCAUCAGAAGGUUUCCGGGACGUGUCGUUUGGCGAUCUUGCCCAUGCAGUCAAUGCGCUCUCAUGGUGGAUUGAGAAGCAGAUCGGAAAGGCCGAGAACAAUGAGACUGUGGCAUAUAUGGGUAGAAAUGACAUUCUCUACCUGAUCUUCAUACUUGCAUGCAACAAGACUGGCUAUAAGGUAAAAUUAUUAAAAAUCCCUUUACUCCCUUCGAGCCGACUUUCCAUCGAAGCUUAUCAACAUAUCCUGGGUGUGACCGAGUGUCAUAGGUUCUUCUACAGCCAUGACAAAGAACGACAGGUAUCAGAGAUGAAGAACUUUCUCAAAGACAUAGAUUUUUACGAAGUACCAGCGACAGCCGAUAUCCUCAACUGCAGCCACGUACCAGAGCCAUACCCUUUUACCAAGACUUUCGCCGAGGCCGAGGAUGAUGUUGCUUUUAUUAUUCACAGUUCCGGAACAACAGGCGUGACCACAGGAAUGCCAAAACCCGUUCCCCUAACGCACGGUUUCGUCGCAACUCUAGACUCUGUUGGCUAUCUGCCUAUCCCAGCCGGCCGUCGUGUGGCUGCGCCAAACGAUCCGAGCUCUAGCAACCUUGUCCUCGUUACUACUCCCUUCUUUCACCUCAUGGGUCUAUACGGCCUCACGUGUGCUAUCUUCCACAAUACCCCCUUCGUCAACCUCCCCGACAGGCCAGUCUCGGUUGACCUUGUCCUGGACACAAUACGCGCAACAAAUCCAACUAUUACUUUGCUUGCCCCAGCCAUCCUGGAAGAUAUAAGUCAAACUCAGGCCGGACUGGAUUGUCUCGGAACACUAAACGCAGUCAUUUAUGCGGGUGCUCCCCUGGCAGCGGAUAUCGGCAACCGAAUCGUCCCCUACACUAAAGUCGUUACUCUCCUAGGCUCAAGUGAAAUGGGCAUCAUCAGCUCUCUGGUCCCAGAGGGAGACGGAAACUGGGGCUAUUUCGAGUGGAACCCUGCAUAUGGAGUGGAGAUGCAGCACAGAGGCGAGGGACUGUAUGAGUUUGUUAUUCCUCGUCGGGAGAACUCUCGAGCUAUCCAUGGUAUCUUCCAUACCUUCCCUGACAAGACGGAAUAUGGAUCGAAUGACUUGUUCGUCCAACACCCGUCAAACCCUACCUUGUGGAAGUACCAUGGUCGCUUUGAUGACGUGAUUGUGCUCAGCAAUGGUGAGAAGCUCAAUCCGGUGACUCUGGAAAAGAUGGUCGAGUGCCACCCGAAGAUCGGUCGGGCAGUUUUGAUCGGGCAGGGUCGGUUUCAGACUUCGUUGCUGGUUGAACCACACUGGGAUGAACAGGAGAAGGCUAUUGACGAGGCUGCAUUCAUCGAUGAGAUCUGGCCUGUGGUUGAACGGGCAAACGAGACCGUGCCGAACUAUGGACGCAUUACCAAAACCAUGAUUAAGCUCUCUUCCCCUGAAAAGCCCUUCAAAACGACACCCAAGGGUACGACGCAGCGUCGGGCAGUUAACAGAGAUUAUAAGGAGGAGAUCGACGCAAUUUACGCUUCUGCUGAUCAACAGUUGAAUGGCUCACUUCCUGACAUAAUCACCCUGAACAACAUCACGCAAUACGUUAACGAAACCAUCUGCUCUCUGCUCGAGCGGGAGGCAAUUGACAACGAUGAAGACUUGUAUUCUGCAGGCCUUGAUUCUUUACAAACUAUCCAACUGGCGACGAUACUCUGUAAUGGCGUCUUUUGCCAAGUGCCCGCUGGCGAUCGUCCACGGAUCACAGCUCAGCAUAUCUAUGCCCAUUCUACAGUGAACCAGUUGGCAGAAUUCCUCCUAAAGGUAAUUGCUGGCGACUCUGUCGCAAGCAUUCCUCGUCACGACAGAAUUCAGAACAUGGUAGCCAAAUACACAGAGGACAUCCCAGCACGCCCUUACUCCCAGGCUCAACUCCCUCCUACCUCCACAGUUAUAUUAACCGGAUCGACCGGGUCACUGGGCGCUUAUCUGCUGCAUAUCCUUUUGACGAACAAAAAUGUCUCCAAAGUCUACUGCUUCAACCGCUCCGACGCCCAGUCACGCCAAAUCCAAAGCUUCAAGGAAAAGGGCCUCGACGCUGCCCCCCUUUCCGACCCUUCAAGAGUCGAAUUCCUCAAGGUAUCCUUUGGAGAGCUACAUUUCGGGAUCGACGACACAAAAUACGCCUCCCUCCUAAGCACAGUAGAUCUAAUCAUCCACAACGCCUGGAAAGUCAACUUCAACCACCCCCUCGAAUCCUUCGAAGACCCUCACAUCAAGGGUGUCCGAGAGUUUAUCUCCUUUAGCCUCGAAAGCAAAUACAAGGCACACCUCUCCUUCGUCUCAUCAGUCGCUACAGUUGGCGCCUGGACUUCAGAGAUGGGAGCUGUUGUCCCCGAACUCCCACUUGAGGAUGACACAGCGGUACUAAAGCAGGGAUACGGGGAAUCAAAGCAUGUCUCGGAACGCAUGUGCGUGAUUGCAUCUAAGAAGGCUCAGGUGCCUACUACUAUCUUCAGAGUUGGGCAGAUUGCUGGCCCAACCACUAAGAGUGGACUUUGGAACCCUGAUGAAUGGCUCCCGACUAUUGUCGCCACGUCGAAGGCUCUCGGAAAGGUUCCGAGUGAUCUCGGUUCGAUGCCUAUUGAUUGGGUUCCUGUUGAUAAACUGGCCCAGAUAACAGUUGAAGCUCUCCAGACCCGCCGGAGAUCCCUCACCGAGACGCCGAAUGCUUUCUUCCACCUUAUGAACCCUAACCAUGCGGCGUGGUCGUCGCUCAUCCCCGCCAUCGAAUCUAAAUAUAACACACAAACGGUCCCCUUUGGCGAAUGGAUCAGUGAUCUGGAAUCUAUCAAGAACCCAUCGGACCAGGAUGUUCGGGAGAAGCCAGCUUUGAAGCUCCUCGAUUUCUAUCGCGGCCUGUCAAGCGCCGGGGGCAUGCUAUCGGCUGAUAUCAGUGUGGAGAGGACGAAGGAGGCAAGCGAGACUAUGAGGGGCUUGGGGCCUAUUUCGGCUGAGUUGAUGGAGAACUGGAUGGAGCAGUGGGGAUUUUAA